AUGCUCAAGGCAGGAAAUUCGGCCCGCAGGGCGGUUCUGCCCCAGAUCGUCCGUUCAGCAUCGCUCUUCCGCUGCCUGUCGCCAAGAGCUAUCCGUAAGGCUAGCAAUCGCCUGCAGCCCAUCCUCAUUCUUGCUAACCGAUACCACGAGGGUGCCGAAUACGGAAAUCUCGCGCCACCACAGGUCGAGCCCAAAGGAUGCACGCAGAAGGAAUGGAAUUUCGGCAGCUUCACUCCGGAAGAGUUGAGAAAUCGCCAGCAGCAGCCUGAGCUGCUCCAUCUCGUCAACGCAUACCGUCGCCACGGACACCUAAGCUCGAACCUGGAUCCUCUCGGCAUCAAGAAGGCAGAACUCAUUGAGGAACUAUCGGGUGGAUUUUAUGGCUUGAAUGAGGAAUCAAAGGCAUACAACAUUGAAGGUGUUAUUGCACCGUCGUCUGGGCUGUCAAGACGCGCUGAUCUGUCAGCAAUCAUUGAGGCACUGCAAAGGACGUAUUGCCGGAACAUCUCGUAUGAGUUUGAGCAUAUCACGAGCCCAGCUGUCAGGCAGUGGUUUGCAGGAUACGUCGAGUCGCUCGACACAGCGGACAUUUCCCUAAGGCGUGAGAGAUUCUUUGAGCACAUGACAAAGGCAGAGGCGUUUGAGCAAUUUGUCCAGAAAAAGCUCCCCAACGUCAAACGCUAUGGGCUCGAGGGCAGCGAAAGCAUGGCGGUUCUUUUGGACCAGCUCAUCUUUGAGGGAUCGUGCGCUGGUAUGGCUGACACAGUGCUUGGGCUCUCCCACCGUGGGCGGGUAACCCUUAUGGCGACGAUGUUUGGGUACAGCGAAGCUGAGGUGUUUCACAAGCUGCGUGGCGGUAGCGAGUUUCCCAACGGGUCGCCACAUACGGGCGACUUUAUUGUCGACUUGACCAAACCUGCUGUCGUGACAUUCCCGGAGACAAAUGUCCCUAUGAACAUCGAUAUUGUGCACAAUGCGUGCCAUCUUGAAUCAGGCUCGCCGGUUGCUCUGGCAAGAGCCGCACAAAGGACAUCAAUAUUGCGAAAGCCCGCAGAUCUGACAGAUAUACAAUCGGCGACCAUGUGCUGGCCAUCAGUAUUCAUGGCGACUCUCUUCGCAGGCCAGGGAAUUGUUGCAGAAACCCUAGGCAUGUCGGGUCUUGCACAUUUCACAAAUGGUGGCACAAUCCACAUUGUCCUCAACAAUCAGGUUGGAUACACAACACCGGCUUCCCAUGCGCGCUCCACACGGUACGCUUCUGAUAUCGCCAAGUUUGCGGACAUUCCCAUCAUACACGUGAAUGGCGAGCAUCCAGAGGAGGUUGCCCGUGCAGCUCGCAUUGCCUUUGCAUAUAGGAGCAAGUUCAGAAAGGAUGUUGUCAUUGAUAUGUGGACAUUCCGCACCCGUGGCCACAACGAAAUGGACGAGCCCACAUUUACUCAGCCGGCCAUGUAUAAGGCUAUACAUGGACGCAAGUCGAUUCCAGCCCAAUUUGAGGAAAGACUAAUCAACGACGGCGUACUGACAAGCGACUAUGCCAGCGCCUUCCGCAAGUCAUAUAUCAAUACGCUCAAUAUGGCAUUUGCCCAGUCGCUCAACUGCAAUCCAACCGAGGCGCCAAAGUCGCCAAGGUGGAGAAUGUUGAGUCCGCCGCGCAGCCUCCCCGUUGAGAAGCCAACCGGUGUUGAUAUCGGUACGCUAAAGGAGGUUGGUCUGCAGUCAGUUACUCCAGCCAAGGGGUGCAAGGUGCAUCCACGCAUCGAGCGCUUCCACAUCAAGCCGCGCGUGAAGAGGCUGAAUGAGGACCAGCCGGUCGACUGGGCCACUGCCGAGGCGAUGGCAUUCGGCACGCUACUCAAGGAGGGGUACCAUGUGCGACUUAGUGGACAGGACGUCGGUCGCGGUACGUUCAGCCAGCGACAUGCAAUGCUCGUGUGUCAGGACACUGAGCAGAUCAGCGUGCCCUUGAAUCUCCUGCCCGGCAAGGAUGCAGGAAAGAUCGAGGUUGUCAACUCGAAUCUGUGCGAGGAAGCGGCGCUCGCAUUCGAGUAUGGCGUGUCAGUCGAGGAUCCGUUCACUCUGGCAAUCUGGGAAGCCCAGUUCGGUGACUUCUUCAACAACGCGCAAACCCAGAUUGACGGGUAUGUGACCUCAGGCGAGACCAAGUGGGGCCAGCAGAACGGCCUAGUGGUAUUGUUGCCGCAUGGCUUCGAUGGCGGAGGUCCCGACCACAGUUCCUGCCGGCUCGAGCGCCACCUGUUGCUGUCAAACGACCCUGUUGACGGUAACCCAGGCCAAGCGAUGCCUAAUGUCUACAUCGCGUUCCCAACCACGCCUGCCCAAAUGUUCCAUCUGCUGCGGCGCCAGAUGAAGCGCAACUUCCGCAAACCGCUGAUCGUUGCCGGGCCAAAGACACUGCUGCGUCUUGCUCAGGCAGUCUCGCCGCUUAGUGACAUGGGACCUGGCACCCAGUUCCAGCCCGUGCUGGACGACCCGGUUGUGCAGGACCCGCGGGCAGUCAGGCGUGUGAUGCUGGUUUCAGGCAAGCUGUACUACGACUUGGCCAAACUCAGGAGCGAGCAUCCACUAGGUGAGCAUGUCGCGAUUGUGCGUGUCGAGGAGCUGUCGCCGUUUCCGCGCCAGCAGCUGUACCAGACGAUCUCGCAGUACACAAAUGCGACAGAUUUCGUGUGGGUGCAGGAAGAGCCUCGAAACGCUGGUGCGUAUUCGUUUAUGGCCCAGCGGGUCACCCAGCUGCUACCGGAAUAUGCACCACAGCUUCGGUAUGUUGGGCGUGACGAACACGCUGCCGUGUGCUCUGGCGUCGAUUCCCAGCAGGCUGAGGAGCACGUGCGUCUGACGCGUGAGGCGUUUGAGGGCCUGCGGUCGCUGGUGGUUGACCUGGCCGCCGAGAGCAGCGCGUCUCAGAUCCGCCACCGGCAGCUUGAAGACUCAGCACACUCAGCAGUCAUGCCCGCCAUCGCGCAUCGGUGGGGAGAGGGCGGCCGUAUCCAUGCUGCGCAGGGUGUUGCUGACCAGUGA